AUGGCAGCAUCAGGCACACUGACCAGCACCGUGGCAUUAGCAGAGGCGAGACAGCAGCAACGCAGUGGUUGUCCGGCGACCGGUUCAACAACAUCCAUUCGUCGUGACCGACAAAAGGCUCUAGGCUGGGCAGGCGUGCUUUGGGGCGGGUGGGCUAUGGAGAUCCGCGUCCCCCACACUCGAUUGAGGCUAUGGAUCGGCAAAUUUCGACAUUCCCUUGAGGCAGCCCUGGCCUAUGAUGCCGCCAUGUUCUGCUUCUAUGGUGAGCACCUCCCGAGGCCGCGCAGGUUCAACUUCCUAGGCAUGUGGCAUCCUACUAUCCCUAAACACCUUCGCAUCCACCUCACCAUACCCACCAUUAGAGCGAUCGCUGCAGACCAUGGCCGAAGUUGUGCUGCCUUCCUUGCACCGCUCCUGUGCCGUGCAGCACCAAGAGGACUGUCGACACAACCUCUGAUGGCGAUGGUGCCAGGUAGUGGUACUGAUGGUCCUGGUACCACCGCCGGUGCUGAUGAAGCUGCCUUCGCUGAUGGCCAUCAUGGGGACAAUGAAAACAUGUUUCUUAGCUGCCUCUGUGAUGAGUGA